AUACAACGAAACAGCGAAGUACUGAAAUACAACGAAACAGCGAAGAUUUCUAACCAAAACAUUGUUAAAUAUAGAAUUUACUUAUAAGUUAUUUGCAGAAUCAAUACCCUCCCAAAUUAGAAUAAGUGACGAACAGUUCGGAUCUUGACACAGCACGAUUUCCAGGACAUUCAGAACAUGGCGUCCUUCGUCUCCUCUCUAUUAGCCGCCCUAGUGAUUCUGGUGGUAGUGGACUCCAAAUGUCCGUUAGAUUGGGUACAGAUUGAGACCAACUGCAUUCAGUUCAAUAAGAACCAACACACCUGGACAGACUCAGCUAAUUUUUGUCGAAAUAUUGGUGCCCAUUUAGUGACAGUGGACUCCGAGGCGAAGGAUAACUUCAUCAAGCAGUUCCUCAACGCCUUCGCUAGUAGCAAACUACUUCCGUCUCAUUGGUGGAUAGGGGGAAGUGACUUCGCUGUGGAGGGAACUUGGCAAUGGUUGACCGGAGGAUCCGUCGGGUCUUACAGUGGCUGGGGCCCAGGCCAACCGGACGGAAACAACACUGCUAACUGUAUGUCCUACAGAUUCUUUAACAGAACUACCAUUGGUUGGUCUGAUGACCUCUGUGCUCCACACACUCACCACGGACAUCACAGCCAUUUACCAGGAUACAUCUGCGAGAAACCAUUGUCUGCAUUUGCCUCUGCCUCUGUAGUCGUGGGAUAAUGUAUUUACCUACCCCGGGAUACAGCUGAUGUGAAUGUAUUUUAGAAUAAAACAUUUAUCUAUUUCUCCACUUGAUGACAGAAAA